GACUGGCCUCACUUGAGGACUGCAAGGGAGCUUGUGCACAGAACGCAAGUUGCCGGGGCGUGGAGUACAGCCGUGGUCGAUGCGAGGUGUGGACUAGGCAUCAGGGCGUGCAGACUGUGGACGCCUGCAAGUACCUUUGCUAUGCAGAGCCUCAGUGCCAGGGCAUCCAGUACAUGGACGACGGAGGCUACUGCAAGGUGUGGAUUCGACCGGCUGGCAUUGGGGCCACGAGUCUUCGCCUGGAAUUCGUCUUGGCGGACCCUUCCGCGGGCGAUGCUGCAUGCCGCGGCAGUCACGCCUCGGACAAUAACCCGGCCAAUUACUUUUUGGCAGGCGGCACAUCGAUCGAAGAUUGCAAACAGAGCUGUCGAGAAGAGCCGCUCUGCAAAGGCAUCGAGUACAGCAGCGGACGUUGCGAAGUUUGGACGAAGCCUGAGGGAAUUCAGGCAGUAAAGUCACUUGGUGGCUUCACUUGCUUGAGGUACUCUAUCGCUGGCAUGUCGAGCACCACAACACCUGUGAUGACCACCGCCACAACCACAACCGUGACUACAACCACCACUACCACCACCACAUCAACAACCACCAUGGCCACGACCACAACCACGACUCAGACGACCAUGGCACCGACGACCCUCGCGCCGACAACCACAACCGAGGCCAAAAACUGUCGUGGGAAGUAUGCGCAGUGUGGUGGCAAGAAUUACAACGGCGAGAAGUGCUGUAUCUACGGUUGGGACUGCGUCUUUGUGAACGACUUCUACUCACAGUGCAAGCCGGCUCAGCUCCAGGCACGGAGCUUCGCGGUAAGAUCCAGGUGCUGUGAAUCUGGCCUAUUCUGCAAGUUCGACAAUGACUUCUACUCGGACUGCAGGCCAACCGAAGGCAGCACGGUCGCACCCAGCACCACAUCUGGUCCAACCUCGGCCACCUCAAGCACUGCUGCAACCACCACUGCUGCAACCACUCCUACCGGAACCACCACCACUCUUGCAACAACUACGGCCGCGCCCCAGAGCACCACAGCUGCCUCGACCAGCAACUCGCCGUGCCAGAAGGGCUAUGCUCAGUGUGGUGGAAGCAACUACCAGGGAAGCACUUGCUGCGAGGAUGGUUUCGUUUGCAAGGCCUCAACUGACUCCUAUUCGCAGUGCUUGCCAAACGUUACCACCACAGCCUACACGGGACCCAGCACUACCACCACACAGACGACCACCACUACACCGCCACCUACCACGACCACCACUGCCGGACCCCCCACAACCGUUUCCACCACCACGGUCCAGUGCAAAAGGCGCUAUGACAAAUACGGAGGUAUGAACUGGAAAGGAGCGACGUGUUGCGAACCCGGGUGGUGGUGUGUCUACCAGAGCCCAUGCUACUCUCAGUGCAAGACCACCACGACCACAACGCCGUAUGCUCCUUCCCCAGGAGACCAGCGGGCAGAUGCGCAGUUCCUGAUGCAGGGCUCCUUCGGACCGACCCGUGCCAGUAUGAUGGAGAUUGACGGCGUCGGCUACGAUGAGUGGAUCCACACUCAAAUCGCCCUCCCUGCCAGCCUGCACCGCGCAUUUUACCGAAAGCGUGCCGCACCACAGACUUCAGCCGACGGUGCACUGGAGAAGUGCUCUGUCGGGUCCAGGUGGCGCAGCACAGCCUUGUCCAAAGCAGAUGUGGGCAAGAACAUUUCCGUGCAGGCCGGGCAGCUGUCGGUGGCUGGGCGCUUGAGGACUGAGCUGAGCACCUCUUCGACCUGGGCCGCAAUGAGCUACGAGGGUUACAUUUGUGAGUUGGCCAACAACGUGAUGCUGAGCCAGGACGCCGAUUGCGCCAACACGCAGUCCCGGCAAAUGCCCCUUCCAUGGACUGCUGCCCCAACCGCUGCAGGUGCAACCUUCGAGGUCCUGAGGCCCGGCACAUUGGUGUUGAAAGAGGCGCAGGCGAACUGUCAGCUGACAGAUAUUAUCCAGUCAGAUGUGGAGAACGCAGGCACCUUCUACGUGCACGAGCCGCGUUUGGUGCUCGUGGAGAACACUUUGGAAGCCCCGGCCUCCUCCGAGACAUGGCUGGGUGGGCAGUGCCCCUCGGUGCCCCGAAGCUUCGUGAACGAAGCCAGCUGCAAGCUCUUGCCUGGCUGUGCACCUUUGGAGAUGCGCGGUGUGCAGUUGGACCUGAAUGUGAGCACUUUGGAAAAGUUCUUUCAGGUUAGCGGGCGAUACGUCUACGCCGUGACGGAUCUGUUGACGACAGAGCCUCCCUGUGGCGUGCAACAGUCGAGGUGGAAACGGCUGGAUUGCAGCGCGGUGACUUGCACCGCCACGGCCCUGAGCAGCAGCGACGCGUCGCUCAUGCACGCGGCCUUGGCCGAGGAGGAGGGCUGGCUACGGGACGUCAACGUGGACUGUGCCAGCGUGCCUGCAGACGCGAUUGUCGAGGUCAACGGCGAGUUCUUCCAGCACGUGCACCCGCAGGAGUACAACGUCUACGACUUUACAAACUGGGUAUCCGAGCAUCCUGGCGGUCCGGACAAGAUCCGCCAGUGGACUAGCAAGGGCUUCAUCCUCAAGUACCCGGCUUCUCAUCCCAUGGGGCGAUGGGCGUCGACGAAGGCUUUGACAUACAUCCGCCCAAACUUUGUCGGCCGCUUCGGGGACUCCAUGAGCUUUCUCGGCUUGCCGCAGACUUUGCAGACCUUUCCCCUGGCCACGGCCUUCGGGGCCUUGGAGAGCUUCAACGGCUUCGCCGAAGUUUGUGGCUCUGCAGGAGAGGUAGCCAACGACUUGGAUUUAGGCCACCAGUAUUCUUUCCAUGUACCCGACCAUCCGGUGGACACAGGCUUUGACGUAGACUACGACACGCCGGCAGAGGUGCCGGAUCUGGGCCGGGCCUCGACCUGGACAAUGCUGGCACUCGAGGCCCCGGACCAGCUCCGCCAGCGCAUGGCCUGGGCCCUCGCCCAGAUUUUUGUCGUGGCACCGGACGAUGCGACAGCGCGGCACACCGAGAUGUUUGUGAACUACUACGACAUUUUCGUCCGUCACGCCUUUGGCAACUUCGGGGACAUCCUUCGUGAGGUGACCUACAGCCCCGUCAUGGGCGACUACCUCACCUACAAGAGGAACAGGGCCUUCGAGGGCUUACCCGGAUGA